GCCGAUUGGACAUCCGACAAACCAGAAACCUCUGGGUCGAGUCUAGUAUCUGUUAUCAGUGCUGUGAUAUGCCCCUCGCACGGCCGCCUGAACGUAUAUAUCUGCAGAUCAUAUCAGCAAGGGUGGUAUUUGCUUUUGGCCUUGUCCAACACCUGCCUCACUACACCCUCGACACCACUUUAACCAGUUAGAGCUCCAACAUGGCUCCCGUCGUGGACACCUCAGCCAUUCCUGGAACAGUGACCCUGGUAGAUGUCGAGCACGUGCUGCAUACACGCCAUCUAGAGGGUGGUAAUGCGGACAUUGUGUUGAUCCCGACUCCUUCGCAAGAUCGAGAUGAUCCACUGAACUGGAGUCGUAAGCGAAAAUUACAAUCAACCAUCUGUGUGAGCAUGUAUACGCUGGUCACUGCGAUCGCCUCCGCCGUCGUUUACUCGGUGCUGACCCCUUUGUCGAAAGACACCGGACUAUCGGUCAGUACACUCAAUGAAGGAACUGGAUAUCUGUUUCUAUUGGCGGGAUGGGGUCUACUCUUCUGGCAGCCAUUUGCUAUGCAGUAUGGCAAGCGACUGACGUAUAUACUGUCGCUGGCGGGUAUCUUGGGAACUUCGAUGUGGGGACCGUAUGCAAACACUCAAGGCCAAUGGAUUGCCCGAAACAUCAUCUCGGGAUUUUUCGUUGCUCCCAUCGAGGCUCUUCCUGAAAUCAGCGUAACGGACGUGUAUUUCACCCACGAACGUGGAACCUACAUGGGUCUUUACGCCUUCUUCCUCGCAGGCGGCAGCUACUUCGCCCCGGUGAUCUGUGGCUUCAUCGCCGAAUACCAAGGCUGGCGCUGGGUAUUCUACUGGCCCAGCAUUUUCGCCGGCUUUGCCAUGAUCUUUUUGUUCUUCUUCAUGGAAGAAACGAAUUACGUCCGCAAGCACGUGGAAGACACCACCAUCGCCAAUGUCCGACUCAGCUCGCCGAGCAUUUCACAGAGCGGUGACCCCGAGAAAACCGUUUCGGUGUCGGACCAGCCUGCGACUGAGGAAGGGCUUAUGUAUACAAAGAAGUCGUAUACUCAGAAGCUUGCGCUUCUAGGACCAAAGCAGAAGCAGAACAAUAUGUUUCGACGACUCUGGCAGACUCUUUACUAUCUUUCAUGGCCGGUUGUUUUCUAUGCUGGAUUCUCGUAUGGCUCAUAUCUCGUUCUGUUUAACAUUCUGAAUGGCACCGCCUCCAUCAUUCUGGGCUCAGCGCCUUACAACUUUAGCACCUCUAUGGUCGGUGUCAGUUACCUCGCAUGCUGUGUAGGAGUGAUCAUCGGAUCCAUCUUCACCGGCCGCUUCAGCGACUGGCUAACCAUCAAGCUAGCCCGCCGCAACGGCGGUGUCAUGGAAGCCGAACACCGACUGUGGCCAUUCGCUGCCUGUCUAGUCCUCGUCCCGGGCUCACUGUUACUCUGGGGUAUCGGCGCCGCACACGAAGUGCACUGGUUCGGUCUCAUCAUGGCCAUGGCCAUGCUCGCUUUCACAAAUACCUGCGGUGUCACCCUGAGCGUCAAUUAUUUGGUUGACAGCUACCGGGAGCUGAGCGGUGUUGCCAUGGCGAGUAUCAUCCUCGUGCGGAAUACCAUGUCCUUUGCCAUCAGUUAUGGUAUCACGCCCUGGAUCACCAAUAUGGGAUAUCAGAACUGCUUUAUUUCGGCGGCAUUUGUCGGUAUGGCCUGCGCUUCGAUGUUUCUGGUUAUGAUCAAGUAUGGCAAGGCCUGCCGUGUCCGUAGUCGGGAGAAGUACUGGGCGAUCGUGAAGGAGAAUGCGGAGAGGGGAAUGGGACACUAGGUAGCAUUUCCUCGAGCCUAG